AUGUUGAGGAAAUCAAUGAACAACCGGGAACAUGGGAAAGUUACUAUUAAGAAAGAAGGAAAUGAAUCCAUUGAACGAUUAGGAUCACAUCAGGGACUCAAAGAAGAUUACUCUCUCUUAGGAGCAAAUUCUCCGUCUCCUGCUGAUACUACGGAGAGUAAUUUCGGAGUCCAUACUAGUGAACUAGCAUCAAAUGUUAGCCAUGAUUCGGUCGUUUCUGAUCUUCACCAUAAAAACUGUAUGGUUCCCAACUCGAGAGCAAGCAUCUCAAUAAACAAUCACCACAAUAGACACGGUACUUCACAUACAGCAAUCAAGCGAGAGAGCUCUGUUAUUUCCGAUGAUAUUACCCAUUCCGAGAUUGAUGAAACAGAAACAGGGAAAUACUCAGCUCGUCACAAGCAAUUGAUUGAACAAGCUUGUGACUCCUGCCGGAGAAAAAAGCUAAGAUGCACGAAAGAGUUCCCGAAAUGUUCCAAGUGCACAGAUCAUGGUUGGGAGUGCGUCUACUCACCACGAGCAGUAAGAUCUCCCUUGACUAGGGCACAUCUGACGGAAGUGGAAAGCAGAGUGAGGCAAUUGGAGUCGUUUUUGAUGAAGGCUUUCCCGAGUGAGAAUUUAGAUCAUAUUCUUGAAAACUUCACCCCGCCUGACUCGCUAACUUCAUCAUCAAGCAACUCUCCUAACUUUGGUGCACGAUCGAUUGUGACACCUCGACAAUCACAAAGUAGCAUCCCUACUACCAAGAUGUUCAAAGAUCCUAUUGCCAGUGACACAUCUACCACGCUUCCCAAAAUUGGUUCCCCGCAGAGAAUGUUCACGAGAUUACCGGAUGAGUUCUUAGCGGGUGAUCUCUCCAAUAAUACCAAUUUUGAUUGGUCAGAAGAUGAUGAAGAUUAUGAAAGACGAUAUUCAUCGAAUGCUUCAGCCUCUUCACCCUCUUCCACAACCUCGUUACAUGAGAAGAAUUCUAUGGUCUCACUAAGCCACCUUGAUCAAUUUCCAGGCGGACAAGGCCAAGAGUCAACAUUCACCACAAAGACAAACAACUCAUCAAUAUGUACGUCUCCUUAUUUGAGAGCAUCCGUGCCAUCAAUCGUGACGGAUGGAAUGGGUGUCAAUUCAAACAAAUCAGGAUUCCUUGGAAUUGGAUCAUCGUCUUCAUUUUUAAGGGUAAUGAGGAUUGGCAAGAUUGAUGAGGAGAGAUCUGAAGAUGCAGACAUAAUUAUGGAUGAUCUUGAUUUGAAGGAAUUGGAUGAACCUAGUACUGAGAAAAACCAACCACUUUAUGCAAGCCAGCCUAUGAAUCCAGAAUUGAAAGAACAAAUUGUGGACGGUCUGAAAAAGGGACUUCAUUCAUUAGAGCAGACUAAGAGGGAAGAAGACAUGGAAUCUUACAUGAACUUGAAAUCUACGGAGGAACAAUUUUUGGCUAGCUAUUUCCGUUACUACCAUACGUCAUACCCAUUCAUACACAAGGAGACAUUCAUGAAGCAUUACAACAAGGAGUUGCCUGUUAAGAAUGAACUUCAUUGGCAAGCUCUUUUGAACACCGUACUAGCUUUGGGAUGUUGGUGCUUGCAUGGUGAAAACUCAAUGCUUGAUUUGGCUUACUAUCAACGCGCCAAAAAGGCUUUGAAUGUAGGAGCAAAUGGUUUUGAGUGUGGAAAUCUCAUGUUGUUGAGCUCUCUUGUGCUUUUGAGCAACUUCUCCCAAAAGAGAAACAAGCCAAAUACAGGUUGGAACUUCCUUGGGAUUGCAGUCAGAAUGGCAAUGUCUUUAGGUUUACACAAAGAAUUUCAAGAACAAGGAAACAAUGCUGGAACUAGAAAAGAGGAGAUCCUCAAUUUGGAGAUCAAAAGACGCUUAUGGUGGGGACUAUACAUUUUUGACGCAGGGGCUUCAAUUACGUUUGGAAGACCAAUAAAUUUACCUCCCUUGGAUACGGUUGAUGUGAAAAUGAUGAGCAACAUAAACGAUGAAGAGCUCUCGAGGUUAAUUGAGAAUCGGAAUAUUUCUGGAUUUAUAAGUGAUGACAUGCUCAACGAUGGGUACCCCACUCUAUACUCUGCAAUGAUCCAGCAAACCAAGUUGACUUUUGUGACAAACCCAAUUUAUUCACGAAUUCUUGCAAAGCCUCCUCCAACUCUUCAAGAAUGCUUUGAAAUGAAUCUGAACAUCGAAAGUUUCAUUUCUGAGCUACCAAGAUAUUUCCACGAAGAUGAUCUUAUAGCAAGAAAGGAAUUUUUUGGUUCUAUUCCCAAAGAUCUUCUUUUGACCGCUGACGAGUCAAGGUUCCCCGAAUGGUUUUCAUUAUCCAGGAAUAGACUUAUUUGGAGGUACAAGAACAUGCAAAUUAUCUUAUUCAGGCCAUUUAUUUGGCAAAGGAUUGUUGCAGUCCAAGAUCCAGAGGUCAUGAAGCUCUGCAAGUGUGAAGAGGCCAAAGAAGGAAGAAGAAUCUGUCUCAAGGCAGCUUCAGAAACAAUCAAGUCAAUUGGUAAAUUUGUGAAAAACAAUGAGGCAAAUUUGUCAAUUAUAGCUGUUUGGUAUGCAACGUACUUCUUAUUCCAGGCUGUGUUGAUCCCUAUUGCAUGUCUCUGUUCCGAGCCUUUUUCUUCCCACUCAGCAUCAUGGAUCGAUGACGUGAAUACUGCCAAAGGUGCGCUGAGCUUGAUGUCGAAGUAUAAUUCGAUGGGAUCCAAAUUAUCAAAAGUGAUCGAUAAGCUUUUAAGCAAAACUUCUUUAACCGAGAAACAUAAAUUUGCAAAAUCAACAGAUGCAAAUUCGCAGUCAAAGAGGCCAAAUUUCGGCAAAGGAAACUUCGCAAGUUCUAACACUUUGCAAACUGGCAAUGAAGGAAGCGUUUCAGCUUUAGGCUUAAGUGGUUCUGACCUCAGGGAAGUUUCUGAAGAGCAAGCGAUUGGACCUGAGAGGUCACUCAGGAUUGAUCCACCAGAAAAGAGGUUUAAAGGAGCAGGAAGUAUGUUUGUGGGUUCGAGUUCGAACUCAGAAACUUUUUCAAGAUUCAACUCGAUUGGGGGUUUAGAAAGUUUUGAAAAAGGAAGUGAAGACAAUGAACCGGGUCUGGCGAGUAUGGAUGACGAGCGAUUAAACUUCACUGGAUUUUCUCCUGCAAGUGUGAGAUUAUCGACAAGUGGAGACUUUUCCAUGGCGCCCGCUAUAAACGAUGAGUAUAUGACCAAAACCAAUGAGAAACCUAACGACAUUCAAAGCGAGAAAUCAGAAUUACUGAAUGAUAUCUAUUCCAUGAUAUUCGAUGAAUUCACUGAUCCUAUGGCUUUUAGUGUUGAAUAA